AGGGGAAACAAAGCGCCUGCGCAGCCGCAAGAGACGGAGAGACUGAGGAGCGAAUCACAACGUCGGAAACAAAACAGCCGGCUUUCAAAUCCUCCGCCUCCCGUAGCGCCAUCAUCCUCGGCAGUUGUGGCGGCGGCAACUGGCUGCAACGUGACAGGCGGAACAGAUACCUUCCGCAGCACUCUUCUCAACUGGUAAGGCUGACACAGCCCGGAACAUGGCAUCAGAAGACAUUUCUAAGCUGGCAGAGUCACUUGCCAAAACACAGGUGGGCGGAGGACAGCUGAGUUUCAAAGGAAAAAGCCUGAAGCUCAAUACAGCAGAAGAUGCUGAAGAAGUGAUUAAAGAGAUAGAGGAGUUUGAUGGCAUGGAAGCACUGCGUCUGGAAGGAAACACUGUGGGUGUGGAGGCAGCAAAGGUCAUAGCCAAGGCUUUGGAGAAGAAACCUGAGCUGAAGAGAUGCCAUUGGAGUGAUAUGUUCACUGGAAGGCUGAGACCUGAGAUCCCUGCUGCUCUGAUCUCUCUUGGGGAGGCCCUUGUUUCUGCAGGCUGCCAGCUUGUGGAGCUGGAUCUGAGUGACAAUGCCUUUGGGCCAGAUGGGGUGCGUGGAUUUGAAGCACUGCUGAAGAGCCCUGCUUGUUUCACCCUGCAGGAACUCAAGCUAAACAACUGUGGCAUGGGCAUUGGUGGUGGCAAGAUCUUGGCAGGAGCUCUGCAAGAAUGUCACAGGAAGUCAAAUGCUCAGGGCAAGCCUUUAGCUCUGAAAGUAUUUGUUGCUGGCCGAAACCGCCUGGAGAAUGAUGGCGCAACUGCUCUUGCUGAGGCCUUCAGGAUUAUUGGCACGUUGGAAGAAGUGCAUAUGCCACAGAAUGGAAUCAACCAUCCAGGAAUUACAGCUUUAGCACAGGCCUUUGCUCUCAAUCCUUUGCUGAGGGUGAUCAACCUGAACGACAACACUUUUACAGAAAAGGGGGCUGUGGCCAUGGCAGAGACCCUGAAGAAACUCAGACAAGUGGAAGUGAUCAACUUUGGUGACUGCCUGGUGCGUUCAAAAGGUGCUGUUGCCAUUGCUGAAGCUGUCAAAGAAGGGCUCCAUAAACUAAAGGAACUCAACUUAUCCUUCUGUGAAAUCAAGCGAGAUGCUGCUCUGAUUAUCGCUGAAGCCACUGAAGAUAAGUCGGAGCUAGAGAAGCUUGAUCUCAAUGGCAAUUACCUUGGGGAGGAAGGCUGUGAACAGAUUCAGGAGAUCCUUGAAAGCUUCAACAUGGCAGAGGUGCUUGGAUCCCUGAGUGAUGAUGAGGGGGAAGAUGAUGAAGACGAGGAUGAUGAUGAGGAGGAGGAUGAAGAGGAGGAGGAGGAGGAGGAAGAAGAAGAAGAAGAACCUCAGGUGCAAGAGAGGGGGCAGGGAGAACAAGAGUUGCUGACCCCUAAAAAAAUUUUAGAUACUCAUGAGUCCACUCCAGUGUCUUCCACCCUUCCUCCCGUGGAUGUUGGUACAUUUCUUGCUUUCCCCUCUCCAGAGAAACUAUUGCGACUGGGCCCCAAGUGUUCAGCCUUGAUAGUUCAGCAGACAGACACAUCUGAUGUUGAGAAGGUUGUUAUGGUUUUUCUGAAGAUUUCUUCUGUGUUCAAAGAUGAAACAGUAGUGAAGACAGCAGUGCACGAAACAACAGAUUUGUUAAUGAGGGAAGCCUUCUCUUCAGCUACCUUCAAUUCUGAUGCUUUUAUUACUAGCCUCCUGAUCCACAUGGGAUUACUCAAGAGUGAAGAGAAGAUCAAGGCUGUUCAAAGCCUUUAUGGCCCUCUGAUGACUCUGAAUCACAUGGUCCAGCAGGAUUAUUUUCCCAAGUCUCUUCUCCCAGUACUCUUGGCCUUUGUUACAAAACCUAGCCGUGCUUUGGAUUCCUGUUCUGUUGCUCGUCAUUUACUGUUGCAAACUCUCCAUCAGCUGUAACAUAUAAGCAGCUGCCCCCAGUCCUGUCAUAGGAUCGUCAGAAAAGCGUUCCAAGAUGGAGAGCAAGAAAAGACAAUUAGAACUUAGGGAUGAAAAACUUUUCCUGUCUUAUCUCCACAAUGUCUGGCUGCCGUCUGCUAUAACAAACUUUGAGGAACUCUACACUAUGCUUUUUAUGUUUUUUGUGGUUUUUAAAUUAUUAUUUUAAGCUCAGUGUUUCCAAAUUGAAUUCUGCCAUCCCUGUUUUAUCCUUACUGUUUUUUGUUCAACUUCUCUCUUUAUUCUCCUACACUUGUUUUGGUCAGAUUUGUGUUUCCAAAUUCAGCUGUUGUCAGGAUCUGAGAUCCACCUAUUGUCUCAAAUUGCAAUGUGUGUCAAAGGACCUCCUCUCUUGGGGUAGCAGCAGCAAAAUUCUGAAUCUAACUUCAUUACUCUAUUGUACUGGAAGCACAAUUAGGUUUGGAUUUUUUUCCCAGUUGUUGACCAGCACUUAGGUAUAAAGCAAUGUUUCUGCCCUUGUUUCCCUGAGAUUUGGAAUGUCAUAACUGUGGAAUGUGGCAUAUAUCUCUAAAAACAGACAUUUCAUUGCCUGUUUGGUUCUCAUGAGUAAUCCUUCACCACUUGUAUUGGAUUUUCCCACUAAUAGAACUGAUUCUGGUGACCUACUGUUGUGAAACUGCUUUAUGCGCACACAUGCCCAAUUAAAAUAGAUUUGGUUCAGAAUAAACAAAA